AUGGGCUCUAUAAUGACAAGUGAAAAACGAAUUGGGACUCACAACGGUUGCUUCCACUGUGACGAAGUGCUAGCAGUUGUCCUACUCAAAUAUCUUCCUGAAUACAAAAAUGCUACCAUAGUGCGAUCUCGCGAUCCAGACAUACUGUCUACUUGCGAUGUGGUCGUUGACGUUGGUGGUGUUUAUGACCCUGAAACACUUCGUUUUGAUCACCAUCAGAAGGAUUUCUCGUUAACAUGGUCGCAAUAUUUCGGCGUGAAGAUGUGGGAUGUUAAACUAAGCAGCGCUGGACUGGUCUACGUACAUUUUGGCAAAAGAGUACUCUCUCUUCUGACUGGCCUUGAAAUUGGACACGAAGUACUAGAAAAGAUAUACAUGAAAAUAUAUGAAUCGUUCAUUUUAGAAAUUGAUGGGCAAGACAACGGUAUUCCACAGUCUAAAACUCCAUUGAAGUACAAUAUAAGCACUAGUUUAUAUUGCAGAGUUCGACGACUUAAUCCUUGGUGGAAUAACGAAUCAGAGGAAUCAGAAACUGCAUUCCAAAGAGCAAUCAACUUAGUCAGUCGUGAAUUUCUUGAUACUGUGGACUACUUUACUAAUUGCUGGUGGCCUGCGCGAAAUAUUGUAGCUAAAGCAAUGAAUGUUCGUGGAGAUGUAGAUUCAUCGAGAACUAUCAUAGUACUAGAUAGAUCCUGUCCAUGGAAGAGCCAUCUAUUUGACUUAGAGCGUGAAGAACGUAUGGAAACAGUCGUUUAUCCGGAACCACUCCGUCAAACAAGUUAUCGUCCUAUACCAAAGUUUCCCCCUCAAAUUCUCUUUGUCAUACUACCAUCAGAUGGUAAUUGGGUUGUUCAAGCCGUACCAAAAGACAAGUUUGGUAUUCGGUUACCAUUCCCUACCGACUGGCGUUCACUUCAAGAUGAUCAAUUGUGUGCGAUGACUGGAAUAUCAGGUUGCAUUUUUGUGCAUAACUGUGGUCAUUUAGGUUCCAAUAAAACACGUGACGGUGCAAUCGAAAUGGCACGUUUUGUUGUAAAUGAAUCAAAACUUCAACAGGAGAAUGUUAUUGGGACUGCCUUAACUCCACCAAAAUUCAGCCGUGGUCGUGGUCGCAAGUCUUUUGUAAAUAACCGUAAUAAAAAAUGUUAG